UUCUGUUUCAUAAAAUAUAUCGAGCCAUAUGUAACCUUCCUCGACAUUAUAAGACUAACUACUUUGAAAGCAUGAUGUUAGAAUUAUGACUAGUAGAACAAUAGUCAUAUUGGCAGCGUUGCUGCAAGUCCUGGUGGUAAGGAGAGCUACAGGACAAGACGUUUUCUACCAGACAACAAGAGAAACCAGUACAGUAUCAGUGAGCCAUCCCAGCAACACCAAGCAACCAGAGUCAUCAACUUCGAGUCAUAACCAAUCAGAUGGCAGCCUGGGUGGCACCACCGACGACCAAACCGCGUCCAGAACGUCCGUCCAACAAGAAAGUUCAAUUACGUCACCGGAUCACAUGACAUCCGCCGAACCAUUGGUCAACUGUGAAAUGAAAUCCAAGUCUGCGAUGAAUGUUUGUCAGAAGAUGCAAAAUAUUAGCCACAACGUUUGUAACCUGAUGAAGUUACUGUGCGAAAAAAUAAACGGAACUUCUAUUUCGUUCAGAAUUCUCAUUCUUGUCGCUGUUGGCGCUCUAGGUCUCGGACUGACGUUACUCGUCGUGAGACACACUCGAUGUAAACCAAUAGAAAGUCACGUGGACAAAGGGGAUACAAAGGAACAUGUUCUGAACUUUGACGAUUUCCAAGUGCGAUAUAAAACGGAAACGUUACAGCAUUGGAAGCUGAACCCGGACGAGAAAGACAGCUCACUUCACCUGCUUACCGUGCACUAGCCAACUUCAAGUGAAUCAAGUCUCAAACUCAAAUGUUGGCAACAUACUAUUUCAGGGCAAUAUCGCCUUGUCAAUACGCCAUCAUCCAAGACGUUGAUCAUUUUAUAUAUCAUUUGUACCAUACAUGUAACCACGGACAGUAAAUUACAUCACCGAGCUUGGCUAGCCUGACAAAACCUUUUCGUAGCGCCAUCAGCUGAGGCGUCACCCCAGCCGACGAUGGAGGGUGCGGAUCACAUUCCUAUAACUUGCGCUCGUGUCCAGCUGAGAGGCAUUUUUGUGACAUAAACAUGACAUGAAAUCAAAUCCAAUCAAUAUCAACCUUUCCUUUUGGCUGGUUCCCGCCUCAAGUGUCAUAGCGUACCAAGCUAUAGCUAUUCGCAAAGAACGCCGGGAACCAGCGAACCUUUCCUUCAUCUAUUUACGUCACAUGUGCGCUUCGUCACCAGAGGGCGCGACUAUCGGAAAGUGAAUUCGCACGAUUUGGGCAAGAAACAACAGCAAGCCGGGGACUGUCUUGCUUGUGUUUCUUAAUUUGCUAUUGCAAAAUAACACACGCCUUACUUCCAAAUAACUGUAAUCGAUAUAAACAAUGCGGACAAAAUAUUUCAACGUUCGUCUCAGAACCGCUCUAAAUUACUACAAAUUAUAAUAAUGUCACGCAAAACUUUUGAGCGCCCUCUGCGUUGAGUGAUACACCAUAUAACGUCUUCCAUUGCAUAUCGCAAAGCAUGUACAAUACAAAGCUGGCGAUAUAGUACUGUAAAAUACUUUAUUUUAGCUGAAAAGACUUUAUGGGUGUUUGCCAGGUUUAUGGAGUUUAGUUUCACUGAAUUUUGUUGCGUUGGUGUAAAAUGCAGGAAAAAUAAAUAAAUAAAAUAAACGGAAAUAUACGGAGGAAAGUAAUAUUU